AAAAUAAGGUAGACAAAUCAAAGUUGAUACUCUAAAAACAACUAUUUUAUAUCUGUUACCCGCAUAUGGCAAAAGCACGAUAACACAAUAAAUAAUUCCGUAUUCAAUUGAUUAGCCAUUUCCAGUACUAGUGGAAGGAAACUAGAAAGCUGCAGGUUCAUCAAACAACCUAUGGAUCAAGUGGAGCAGCUCCGUCCUCAUGUACUCAUCUUCCCUUUCCAAGCGCAGGGGCAUGUGAAUUCCAUGCUCAAGCUAGCCGAGCUUCUAUGCCUUGCCGGCAUCAACAUCACCUUCCUAGUCUCCUACAACAUCCACAACCGUCUCCUUCGUCACACCGAUGUUGUAUCACGGUUUAGCAAGUAUCCCGGAUUUAAUUUGGAUCACUAUCCCGAUGCAUAUGAUGAAAGCAAGAUACAUACAGCCCAGCAGAUCAUGGAAUUGUAUAGUUCUCUGCAGUCAGUAGUAAAGCCAUUUUUGAGAGAAUUCAUGUCCAAAGAUCCAGCACAUGGUACCGGGAAGAAUAGGCCCCGGUUCUCAAGUAUCAUUGCAGAUGGGAUCUUGAGUUUGGCCCUUGAUGUUGCUGAAGAGAUUGGCUUGCCCUUGAUUUAUUUUCGAACGAUUAGUGCUGGUGCCUUUUGGACUUACUUUUGCAUCCCUCAAUUGGUUGAAGCAGGCGAAUUACCCUUUCCAGGAGAUGACAUGAAUAUACGAAUAGAAAAUGUAAAGGGCAUGGAAGGAUUUUUAAGGCGUUGUGAUCUACCCAGUUUCUGCCGUGUUAGUGACCUAACUAGCCCAGAUUUUAGUUUGUUGUUGAGAGAGACCCUACAAACACCUCGGGCCAAAGGGCUCAUACUCAAUACAUUUGAAGAUUUAGAAGGGUCUAUACUGUCUCAUGUUCGAACUUAUUGUCCGAACUUAUACACCAUUGGACCUCUUCACGCACAUUUAAAGACUAGGCUCCAACUCCAGGUAGCAAAUUCAAACAACUCAAAUUCAAACUCGAAUAGCUUGUGGCAAGAAGAUAAAAGCUGCAUAAAAUGGCUUGAUAAUCAGCCACCAAAAUCGGUGCUUUAUGUGAGCUUUGGGAGCAUUACUGUAAUCACAAGAGAAAAACUCCUUGAGUUUUGGCAUGGUAUAGUGAAUAGCGGGGUAAAAUUCUUGUGGGUCAUCCGUCCGGACUCAAUCAAAGCAGAGGCUGGAGAUGAUGUACUCAAGACUGCUAAGUCAACUCCUGAAAUGGAACUGGAGGAAGCUACUAAGGAAAGAGGCUGUAUGGUAGGAUGGGCCCCACAAGAAGAGGUGUUGGCCCACCCUGCAAUUGGUGGAUUUUUGACACAUAGUGGAUGGAAUUCAACUUUGGAAAGUAUAGCGGAAGGAGUGCCAAUGAUUUGUUGGCCAUAUUUUGCUGACCAACAACCAAAUAGUAGGUUUGUGGGAGAGGUUUGGAAAAUAGGGUUGGACAUAAAGGACACUUGUGACAGAGUAAUUGUGGAGGAGGCGAUCAAGGAUCUGAUGGUGGAAAGAAAGGAUGAAUUCUUGCAUAGAGCUGACGAGAUGGCCAAAAUGGCAAGAAAGAGUGUUGAGGAAGGUGGAUCCUCCUUUUGCAACUUGGUUCGUUUGAUUGAUGACAUAGUUAAGGGCUAAUAUCAACAAAUCAUUGCCAUCAGAUUUGUGUAUGGGGGUUUUGUCAUCAUUCUUAAAUUUGUGAGAUGGGCAUGCAAUAGAAAAUUUGAGGGCUAGCAA